AUGGAGGUUUCGAAGAUUGGAGGCUCAAAUCCGGAGGAUAUCCAAGCAAAACUGGAGAAGAAACUUGGACCGGAAUACAUCUCGAAGAGAGUAGGAUUUGGCGCAAGCCGGGUGGCAUACAUAGAGGGUUGGAAAGCCAUUAAUCUUGCAAACCAGAUAUUUGGCUACAAUGGCUGGAGUACAGAAGUCAAGAAUAUCACUAUCGAUUUCAUGGAUGAAAAGCAGGGCAAGUUUUGCAUUGGGUGCACGGCAAUCAUCAGGGUUACGCUGACAGAUGGCACAUUCAGAGAAGACAUUGGUUACGGAACGGUGGAAAAUGAGCGUCGCAAGUCGUCAGCGUUCGAACGAGCGAAAAAAUCAGCCGUCACAGACGCGCUCAAGCGCAGUCUGCGUGCAUUUGGGAAUGCGUUGGGAAACUGUCUUUACGACAAGACUUUUUUGGCGAAGAUAGACAAGGUCAAAUUCGACCCUCCGGAUUUCGACGAGGGAAACCUGUACAGGGCCGCUGACGAAGCCAACGAGCCGGCACGCUCUCAUACAAUCGAGCAGGAAGGCGCAGGACCGCCCUCCAAAAAACGCAAUGUAAGCGGGACCAGGCCAAACUCCUCAGAUGCCGGUGCGCCAGUCUCGGGACCUCAGUGGCAACAGGUCACGGCUCGUCCACCGCAGGCUGUUCAGGCUGCUCGGACUGCUCAAGUUGGUCAAGUUGGUCGAGAGCUCCAGCAGCCCGUGCAAUCUGCGCAAACUCACAACUCCCCGCAACCUGAACAAGAUGCCGACGAAUUGCUGGACGAUUCGUUCAUGUUCAGUGACGAGCUCCAAGACGAAGAAAUACUUGCUGCUGGUAACGAGACGAAUACAUCUGGAUUUGACGCGAAUCCGCCUGUCGCUGUGCAAGCGCACGCGCCCGCGCCCGCUCCACCAGGUGGGAACGCACCUGUAGCUUUCGUGACAGCAAAGGCAGCACCCAAACUCCAGAACCAGGCCAUAGUGCCUGCUGAUGGCAUAUUUGACCCCAAAUUUCGAGCCCAGUCAAUUCGACACACGGUGGAUCAGACAACUUCGUCGCACAUCAAGACUGCAGUACUGAAGGAAAAGGGUCUACCCAACCACAGAAGUGACAUAUACAACCGAUUCGCCCCGAAAGGCAAACUAAUAGCUGACCCAGAUACUUCUGUGGAGACAAAUGCUACGACUGCAAACUACCACGAAAUCAAAAAUCAUCAACCCCAACCUCAACCACAACCACAACAAAAUUCACCUCCAACAGAUCAAUUUUUGGCAGGAAAAAGUCGAACAGUACAAACGGGUAAUUCUGUGCGACAGCUCCCUCCCGUGGUGACAACUGCUUUACCUGCCCAACCACAAGCUCCUAAAAUCAAGCCCGUGGGCCAGCCUGUGGGAAAGCCAAGAUUUACUCCGUCAAAUGUUCAAAAUUGA